AUGGCCACUGCAAUUCGAUUUUUUGAGCUGAACACCGGUGCUAAAAUCCCUUCAGUUGGUUUAGGCACAUGGCAAGCUGCUCCUGGUGUUGUUGGCGAUGCUGUCACUUCUGCCAUUAAGGCUGGGUAUAGACACAUUGACUGCGCUCGACUUUACUGCAAUGAAAAAGAGAUUGGUUGUGCAUUGAAGAAGCUAUUUGACGAUGGGGUAGUAAAGCGUGAGGAAUUGUGGAUCACUUCAAAACUCUGGUGUAAUGAUCAUGCACCGGAAGAUGUACCAAAGGCAUUAGAGACAACUUUGAAGGACUUGCAGCUUGACUAUGUAAAUCUGUAUCUGAUUCAUUGGCCCGUCAGCAUGAAGAAGGGUUCAGAGGGCUAUAAGCCUGAAAACCUUACUGAAACCAACAUACCGGCAACAUGGAGAGCGAUGGAGGCACUUUAUGAUUCUGGCAAGGCUCGUGCUAUCGGAGUUAGCAAUUUCUCGUCAAAGAAGCUUGGAGAUUUACUAGCAGUGGCUCGUAUACCUCCAGCUGUUAACCAAGUCGAAUGUCACCCUGAAUGGCAGCAGCCGAAGCUUCAUGAAUUUUGCAAAUCCAAGGGCGUUCAUUUAUCUGCGUAUUCACCACUGGGUUCUCCAGGUACGGGAACCAUCAAGUCUCAGGUUCUCAAGAAUUCAAUUCUUAAUAUGAUUGCUGAGAAAUUAGGAAAAUCUCCUGCACAAGUAGCUCUGAGGUGGGGACUGCAGAUGGGCCACAGUGUGCUGCCUAAGAGCACAAAUGAGGCAAGGAUCAAGGAAAACUUUGACAUUUUUGAUUGGUCUAUUCCUGAAGAUUUGUUUGUCAAAUUUUCUGAAAUCAAACAGGAGAGGCUAGUUAAAGGUACUGUCUUUGUGCACGAGACUUAUGGUUCCUACAGAACAGUGGAAGAACUCUGGGAUGGUGAAUUAUGA